AUCAGAUUCACAGUUUGACAUCAACGCGAUAUUUCCUUAAAAUUUUUGUUAUAAAAUUCGCUGUAAAUGCGAUAGAAAAACAAAAUGAAACCAACAAUAGAUAUUGACUCGUUACGUACGGAACAUGAAUCUGACGAACAAUGGGAAGUGAGGAGGAAUUUUAUGGAGGAACAUAAGAAUGACUUCGAAGAGGGUGAACUGAUCACACUAGCGCAAUUAUUCACUAAUAUCGAGUUUUUGGGAUGUCGAUACCCCCCAGCUACGAUGAAGAGGAUAGCCAAGCUUUCAGAGAAAGUAUCAGCAAAAUAUAGGGAGAGUAGAAAAAACAAAUUGAAACGGACAUUUGUACAAGCUAGUGACGCAGCUGAACAGAAAGCGAAGAGAUCUUUCACUAAAUAAAAUAAAUUUAAUUUUAA